AUGAGAGAUGUUAUUAUACUAUUCUUGCUAUUCUUUGUCUCAUUUAUUUUAACACAAGAUGUUCAAGAUAUGAAUCCACUACUUUUUAAUGAAAGAAAUCUGGUAAGUUUCUGCUUUGAAAUUUUGAGGAAAAAAAUUAAACUAGAGUCAUUUUGGAGAAAAACUAGAGAAAUAGUGUUUGCAAAAAACGCCAUGGGCAAAUGUGUCCUCGGUAGUAUAGUGGUGAGUAUCCGCGUCUGUCACAUGCGAGACCCGGGUUCAAUUCCCGGCCGGGGAGAAUUUUUUUUAUUAUUUAUUCUGAAAUUUAUUUUUAGCGUGGCGCUGGAGUGAUUGCUCGAGUUACACCAUCUGGCACUCAAUAUGUAGCUGGAAUUGUUGCUCAAGCAUUUUCAGCUCAUUUUUCGGAUAUCAAACCGAAUCAGCAGAAACGAGAAAAACAACUGGCGAAUAUUCCGACUGUUUCGCUGAAAAAUUUGAUGCUAGAGACUUUGAAAUUAGAUCGACAAUUUGUCACAACAUCGACUUCUGAUGAUGUUCUCAGAAUUCAAGUCACAAAUGUCUCAUUGAGGUAUUCAAAAAUCUGUUUAGAAGAAUUUUUCUAUUUUCGAAACUCAUUUGGACCAAACUGGAAAAAGUUCCCUGUUUUUUCUUAUUCCAGAAAUUUUUAAAUUUUUAGCUCCUCCGCAAUUUUGAGCGGUCAACUUCGAGGUGUUGAUUUGAACGAUCAAAUCAAUUUCCGAACUCCAUUCUUGAAUUUGAACGCAGCAAUUAAAAUUUUACGAAAUUCAAAUGGAAACCCAUUGUUGAAGGUGAGGAUUACUGUAAUUUUUGAAGGGUAAAAUUCCAAGAAAAAUUUUUCAGCUUGAAAAAUGCUCAAUUCGAACUCAAGGAAUUCGACUUAUAACAAAACCAAUGGAUCCAAGAAACGGAAAAUCGAUAGCAGAUGCGAUUGCAAAUGAUGCGAAUCAAAUAUUUUUUGAUAUGAUUUGUCCGAAAGUUGAGAAUAUUUUGAAUACUCGAGUAAAUCAACGAUUUGCACUUUUGCCUUCGAAAAUCUCAUUGGAAGACACCAAAAAUUUCGAUAUUGUAAAGGUUAUAAUGCAAGCUGAAGAACGAAUGAAAAGAUUAGCCAGUCAAAAGUGAGUUCAAAAACACGUUGAAAAAUUUUGACGAAAAAUUUGAGAGUAAAGAAGGUUUAGAAAUUUCGAGAAAAAUAGUUCAGUUUUUUUAGUUCAAAUUUUCUAGAAUCGGAUUACUGUACUUUUGAGCAACAUUCUGAGUAAUUGUAACUUCAAGUCAAGAGUAACAUUUUUCCUGUCAGUGGAUUACUGUAGUUUGAACAUUUUACUUCAAUAUUUUCCAGGUAGUGAGAUGAAAAUAACUAACGGCUGUCAGUCUAGAAAUUUAUUGAAAUAGGAUUACUGUAGGUCACAACUGACCCACCUAGAAAAAUGUUGAGUUUAGAACCCUAUUUUUACCAGGUGGAGUUUUUUUUUGAAAAGUUCUAAAUGCUCCAAAUGCCACAACUUAAAAAAGGUUACACUAACAUAAGAUUUCUAUUUCUGAAUUAAAAGUCUCAGAUGAACUUUUGUCAUAGCAGGUUUUUUUCAAAAUCAAAAUAUUCUUCAAGUUUUCCGUUCUGAUUUUUUUCCAAGAAAACGGGAUUUAUUUCUUACAGUAGAAAAACAGUUCCAAUUCGUCGAAACAUCGUUGCUCACACUGCUCCAAUUUCCCGACGAAAUCAACCAUCAGUUUUGAAUCAAAGAAUCCAUCUCCAGCGACCAAAAAGACAAGCAGAUGAAAGAUUCCAUGUUCUUCUCAAUUCUUUCAACUUCGUUAGUUUUUUGGAACUUUUUUUCUAACUUCUUUUCGUAUUUUCAGAGUCGUGCUGAUAAUUUAAUGUUAGACUAUUCAAUGAUUUCUCCACCAUCAAUUUCCACACGUGGAAUUGAACUUCAAACAUCGGGCGAAGUUUAUCAAACUGGGCAAACAACACCAUUCGGAGCUGGUGCUAUUUUCCUUCCUCGUCAAAUUUCCAAUUCAAUGCUUCAAAUUAUGAUUUCUGAUUUUGUUCCAAAUUCUUUGAUGUUUCAUGGACAUCGAAUCAAAUUAUUUGACACAAGAGUUGAUUGGAAUACUCCACAAUUUGGGCCAGUUAUGAGAACAACUUGUGAUUUAUCAACUGGUUCACUUUUCUGUAUUGGUGAUUUGUUUCCAGCUUUAAGAGAAAUGGUGAGAUUUUGAAACAAAAUUUGAUGACACGUUCAAAUCAUCAACUUUCACUAACUCAUUUUCCAGCUGCCCGAUCGAAAUGUCGCAUUUCUAUUCACAACUCUUCGCGCUCCAGCUGUUAUAGUACAACCAGAACAAAAAGGUGGAAUACAUUUCAAUCUUCUCGGUUUGAUUCGAGUUGUUUCGGAUCGAAAUGAGCCGAUUGGAGAGAUGGAAAUUCGAAUUGAAGCGUUGAUGAAAAUGAAAUUGACACCGAAAAGUGUGAAAGGAAAAGUUACUAUUGAGGAAAUUCAAUUUGUAAGUUGGAUGGGGAUUUUUUGGAAUUUCAGACAGUAAUCAGAUAAACAUGAGUAAUAUCUUAAGAAAUUUCGAAAUUUCCCGAGUAAAAUUCUCAAAAUCAUAUUUUACAGAGAUCCCGAACUCCCCAUAUUUUACUUCAAGACGAAUUGGAUGAUGCCGGUUUCUUAUCUCGUGAAAUUCUUCAAAGAAUGGUCAAUGACAUUUUGAAGCAAGGAAUUCCAAUUCCAAUUCAUCCAUUGUUCAAAUUAGUGAAACCAAAGGUACCCUCUCUUUUUUUCUCCCAGAAACCUCCAAUAUAUUUUUUGCAGCUAACUCUUUCCUCUCGAUCAUUGCUCCUCGAAACCAACUUCAUUCUAAAUGAGCACAUAAUUGCACAAUUAACAGCCGAGAAUUUGGUAGCUUGA